CUUAAGGUCAUGUGGCCAGGACUGAUAGCUAGUAAGAUCCUCAAAAAGAGAUUGGGGAGCAACAAUUUUGUCGCAGAUUUUCCAAGCAGCCCAGAAAGUUUUCUACAGCUUCAAGGCCUAGAUGAUGAUCAAGAACCUCCGUGUUCCAAGACCAUUUUCAAUGAACAUGUGGAGACACACAACUACAAGGUUUUUGUUAGUAGUUGGAACGUUGGCGGGGUAGAACCCACGGAUGAUUUGAAUAUGGAGGAUUUGCUAGAUACAUGCAACACUACAUGUGACAUCUAUGUUUUUGGGUUUCAAGAAGUGGUGCCUCUAAGAGCAGAAAAUGUUCUUGGAUCAGAAAAUAGUAGAAUUACCAUGAAAUGGAAUUCCUUGAUUAGAGAAACUCUAAACAAGAAAACUUGCAGCAGCCAAGAAGGAAAUGAAGUGAAACAAGAAGAACCACAAAUUCCGAUUCUCGCGAAAGAUGGAAAGCCAACCCUGAAUUGCAUGAAUAUACCACAGGAAUUCAGGUGUAUCAUUAGUAAGCAAAUGGUUGGAAUAUUUGUAUCAGUUUGGGUUCGAAGUAAUCUUCGUCCAUAUAUUCAAUAUCCAAGCGUUUCAUGUGUAGGCUGUGGCAUCAUGGGUUGUCUAGGAAAUAAGGGUUCGGUGUCAGUUAGAUUUGGGUUACAUGAAACAAGCUUUUGUUUUGUGUGCAGUCAUCUAGCAUCAGGUGGGAGAGAAGGGGAUGAGAGGUACAGAAACUCCAAUGGGGCCGAAAUAUUGGCUAGGACAAGUUUUCCAAAAGGCCCUUUGCGUGAUUUGCCAAGAAAGAUCCUUGAUCACGACCGGGUAAUUUUUCUCGGAGACUUGAACUAUAGGAUCUCCCUUCCAGAAUCAGCCACAAGAUUACUAGUAGACAAAGGAGAAUGGAAUUUGCUACUGGAAAAUGAUCAGCUAAGAAUGGAGCUCAUGCAUGGUCAAGUAUUUGAAGGUUGGCAUGAAGGGUCCAUCAAAUUUCCUCCUACUUAUAAAUAUUAUCCUAACUCUGAUGAAUACUAUGGUGGUGUUGAAGGCAAAAAAGGCGAAAAGAAACGCGCUCCUGCAUGGUGUGACAGGAUAAUUUGGUUCGGAGAAGGUCUAAAGCAACAUCAAUACACCAGAGGCGAAUCGAAAUUGUCUGACCACAGACCUGUCAAAGCAAUUUUCACAACUCAAGUAAUGUUUUCGCGAAAAUUCAAAGGGUUUCAGAGUUUCUUCUUAUCGGAAAGAUUUGAACGAAUCACGAACCAGUUAGAGAUGUCCUCAGCGGAUCAUUUUCAAUGCAAUGGCAGAUCAAGCUUCCAAAUUAGGGUUUAA